UUGUGAGUUUGACAAGCCGUUUGCAGCCUGCGGGUACAGCCAGGGGAGAGAGGACGAUCUAGAUUGGGAACAGGCCAACACCAGAGUGAAGCCCACAGCAGACCCCUGGAUGCCAAUAGAUUCAGCCUUCAUGAUGGUCAACACGUCUGGACGUUUUGCUGGUCAGAAGGCCCUCCUCCUGACCCCCCAGCUGAAGGAGAAUGACACCCACUGCGUAAUCUUCGAGUACUUCCUGUCUGGCCGCGAGGGGGCGGGACCGGGGCAGCUCAACGUGUACAUCAGAGAGAACAACAGUCCACUGGGCAUGCCCGUCUGGAACGUGUCUGGGCCAGCUACUAGAGCCUGGGUGCAGGUAGAACUGGCCAUCUCUACCUACUGGCCUAACUUCUAUCAGAUGGUGUUUGAAGUGGUGACCUCCGGCCAUCGGGGCCUGCUGGCCAUCAAAGACGUGGUGCUGCAGGGCCACCAGUGCAUGAACACCCCUCACUUCCUGACCAUAAAGGGUGUAGAGGUGAACGCUGGACAGACGGCCGCCUUCCACUGUACUGUCAACGGACGACAGAGAGAUAACUUCAACCUCUGGUUACAGGGUAUUGGUGGACGCGAGGCCCCUAUGAAGUCCACUAAGCCGUGGAACAACAGACGCUUCAUCGGGACCUUCGACGUGGAAAACACCACUAAAGGAGACUCAGGACGCUACCGAUGCAUAGUCCAUUCUGACAACGGGGUCGGAGUGUCCAACUACGGAGAACUCACCAUAAAACAGCCUCCUGUGCCCAUCGCUCCCCCGCAGCUGACAGCGGUCGGCGCCACCUACAUGUGGAUCCAACUCAACGCUAACUCCAUCAACGGAGACGGGCCAAUCAUCGACCGAGAGGUGGAGUACCGUACCGUGUCAGGGACCAUGUAUGACCUGCAGCCUGUGGACAAGACCACCCAUAAGAUAGGUCACCUGACACCAGACACAGACUAUGAGAUCAGUGUGCUGUUGACCAGGCCCCUGGAUGGAGGGACUGGGGCCCCCGGGCCUCCUCUCAGGGCCAGGACCAAGUGUGCCGAGCCAAUCCACGCUCCCAGACGUCUGGAGGUAGUUGACGUCCAAUCUAAACAAGUCACCAUUCGCUGGGAGCCGUUUGGCUACAACGUGACGCGUUGUCAUAGCUACAACCUAACGGUGCAGUACCGCUCCCGCGUGGCGGGGAAGGACGAGACCCGGGAGGAGGUGUGUUACGACACCCUGGGUCGCGACCCCCAGCACACCAUCCACAACCUGACCCCCUACACCAACCUGUCAGUCAAACUGGUCCUCAAGAACCCAGAGGGGGUCAAAGAGAGCCGAGAGAUGGCGCUGCAGACGGAUGAAGAUGUACCUGGAGCUAUCCCUCUGGACUCCAUCCAGGGCAGUGCUUAUGAAGAGAAGAUGAUCCUGAAAUGGAGAGAACCAGCCCAGACCUACGGAAUCAUCACUCAGUACGAGAUCUCCUUCAAGGCAGUGAGCUCCUUUGAUCCUGAGCUGGAUCUAUCCAACCAGAGUGGGAAAGUCCUGAACCACGUCAACGAGAGCAGCCACAUCUUCCUGGGUCUCUACCCAGGAUCUACCUACUCCUUCACUCUCAGAGCCUCCACCGCCAAGGGCUAUGGCCCCCCAGUCAUCACACAGUUCACCACCAAGAUAUCAGCUCCUUCCAUGCCAGCCUAUGACCAGGAGACAUCUCUGAACCAGACAGACAGCACAGUGACUGUCCUGCUGAAACCUGCACAGAGCCGAGGGGCACCUGUCAGUGUAUACCAGGUGGUGGUAGAAGAGGAGAGGCCUCGGAGGGCGAGGAGGGGAGCGGUUGAGAUUCUCCGCUGUUACCCUGUCCCCAUCCACUUCCAGAACUCCACGGUCCUGAACUGGUACUACUUCACAGCUGAGUUCCUCGCCGUAGGGCUACAGGCUCCUCAACCCUUCACUGUGGGAGACAACAAGACCUACGGUGGAUACUGGAACACCCCCCUACUGCCACAGAAGAGCUACAGCAUCUACUUCCAGGCUGUCAGCACGGCUAACGGGGAGACCAAGAUUGACUGUGUCCGAGUCGCCACCAAAGCUGCCAUACUGGUGACUCAGCUCACUACUCCGUACAUCCGCAUCGCGCCUGCGGCUGGUGACGACCAACUAACAGGAGAGGCCACCCAUAAGCCUGUCGCUGUGGAGCCAGAGAAACAGACAGACAACACAGUGAAGAUAACCGGCGUAAUCGCUGGCAUCCUCCUCUUCGUCAUCAUCUUCCUCGGAGUCAUCCUCCUCCUGAAGAAAAGGAAGCUGGCUAAGAAGCGUAAAGAGACGUUGAGCAGUACUCGACAGGAGAUGACAGUGAUGGUUAACUCUAUGGAUAAGAGUUGUACGGAGCAGGGGACAAACUGCGACGAGGCCUUGUCCUUCAUGGACACACACAGCCAAACCCUCAACACCAGGAGUGAGUGUACCCUCACACUCAAUGGCCGUAGCGAGUGCACCCUCGCCGUCAAUGGCAGAACUGGGUUGUCCUCUUCCUCCUUUACCCUGAAUAAGUCUAAUACUCUCAGCACAACGCUCCCCAAGUCCUACUACCCAGAUCCCUUUGUGCCUACUGCUAUCUUAGACGACAGCCAGACGCUGGGUGGUGGUGGUAGCUGCAGCGACACCAGUAGUCUGGUCCAGUCUCACGGCCACUCCCUGAGGAAGAGGGAGGGGACAGUAGACGCGCCCUACCAGACGGGCCAGCUCCACCCUGCUAUCAGAGUAGCCGACCUGCUACAGCACAUCACGCAGAUGAAGUGCGCGGAGGGAUACGGCUUCAAGGAAGAGUACGAGAGCUUCUUUGAGGGACAGUCCGCUCCGUGGGACUCUGCUAAGAAAGAUGAGAACCGCAUGAAGAAUCGAUAUGGGAACAUCAUUGCAUAUGAUCACUCCCGAGUCAGACUUCAGCCCCUGGAGGGAGAGCAGAACUCUGAUUACAUUAAUGCAAAUUACGUUGAUGGCUAUCACAGGCCGAACCAUUACAUCGCUACCCAAGGUCCCAUGCAGGAGACGGUGUUUGACUUCUGGGGGAUGGUGUGGCAGGAGAACACUGCUGCUAUCGUCAUGGUCACCAACCUGGUUGAAGUGGGCAGGGUGAAAUGCUGUAAGUACUGGCCGGACGACACAGAGAUCUACAGAGACAUCAAGGUGACCCUCAUAGAGACGCAGCUACUGUCAGAGUACGUCAUACGGACCUUCGCUGUCGAGAAGAGAGGAGCCCAUGAGAUCCGCGAGAUCCGUCAGUUCCACUUCACAGGGUGGCCGGACCACGGGGUGCCCUACCACGCUACUGGCCUCCUGGGCUUUGUACGUAGGGUCAAGGCCAAGACACUCAGCAACGCUGGGCCCAUGAUCAUUCACUGCAGUUGA